AGCAGUGCUGAGUGGUGCGGAGGUACGUGGUCUUGGCAAACCAUCAGCAAGACGACCAGCCGGAGAAGCGUGCCUUAGGAGUCAAUAAUGUCGAUGUCUGCUGCUUUUGCUGGCUUCGCGAAGCGAUACAGCGCCAAGUACAUUCAAACUGGAAGCUUUUCACCAGUUCUUCAUUUUAUGGGAGUCAGUGCGCUGACCCACCUGUCGAUCAAGUACGUCGUCGUUGGGCAACACAAAAGCGCGCAAAAGAAGGAGGAGGCGAAGAAGAUCCGCGACUUUUACAAUGCCCACCACGUCGGGGCCCACCACUGAUGCUCUCGACCGCAUUGUACCGCUAGGGGGUGUCCAGUGUGGGCGGGAAGGGGGAGGUGGGAUGAGAGUGGGGGCUGGCUACAGCCAGAAGGCUAAGGAAUGCUGCCUGUGUGAGGUCCUACGUUCUUGGCAUGAAGUCCUGUCUUGUGUUUUCGGCAGAGGACCGGGCUAUCAAUAGGCUUGUCAGCGAGUCCGCGAAUGAACAGGUUAUAUCUGUGACGGUUUGGUAUUUCAUUUUGGGGGGCAGGGUGUGUCGGUGAUGGCGUGGCGGGGUGGCGCACUGAAGUAAGGCCUCGAUCGAAUGGCGAUCGGCCAUCGGCAUGUUUCCAUUCGACGCAGGCAUGCAAUGUACAUUGCUGAGUCAUGGACCUACAGGUGCACCCCUGCUUGUUGUCCAGCAAGCAAGCAAAUUUAAGAAAGCGUGCGCAGCAAUUACAUGCUCCUCAGCAAGGACCAAUAUCUCGUCAUAGCUGGCUCAUGCUGCAUUCGUGACUGCCAGUCAUGAGCAGCGCAUUUUCCUUUUGGACAUAUCCUGACUCCUUCCGUAUCAUUUGCGCACCAGCUGGGAUUACACCGGACGGAGUUUCUCCGCUUUUCCUCCUGUGGUGCUUGGCCUGGAUUUUUUGCGCAAGAAGGGUGUGUCUACUCAAUACUAACCCUUUACAAGAUGUGGAGUUACUUCACUCCCGAGGCGCUUUCGCAUGUACGAUUGGUCAUCCGUUUGGUCACUUGUGUGAACCACUUGUAACCAGCGGGACGGGACGUUUUGAACACCAUGUACCUGGUUUUGCUGUGUUUUAUGAUCCUUUUCGGAACAUUUCUGUGCAAAGCCUCUCAUUCCCAAACUCAUUAUAUAGAUCCAACCACGCCUUCACAUCCGGUCCAAUCCCUGCUUCAAGUACCGUAAGAGGCGGAGAGAUGGCAUCGGGUGCGCUCGCUUUUUUUUGCUCACCCCCGCGUCAGGUCACUCACUGACCAGUGCCAUCCGUUGAAAAAAAAUAUAUAUCUUUGUCUCCCCGGCACCACGGUGCGAUCUCUCCGAUGGGUGCCCUCUAGUCGAUCGGUGCCAUCUGUCCGCCUCUUUGGUACCUCCUGUACUUUGGAACAUCUGUUUUGGCCCAACACUGACGCGGACAGCCGUGAUUUUCUCAAGUACACCAGGGGACCAAUGCAUAUGUAUGAAAAAUCCUUGCUUGUGGUUACAGAAUAUAUAUCUCGAAUACCGUAAUCAUCGGGGUCUUGGCGCACAUCGGGGUCUCGGCACAUAUCGGGGUCUUGGCACAGGGUGUGCGGAAAAAAAGCGGGUUCCGAAUGUUUUGCUAGAUUAUCGCACAGGUAUCGUGGUCUCCGCACGCAGUGCGGAGACGCCGAUAUGUGCGGUGAGGUUUGGCGGCAAGUGAUACCCUUUCACCAGCAUCUUGUGCUGAAACUUUCGGAUACUGUGGGAGCUUGAAUCGCGUGCUCCACUGCUACUGCUGCCCUUGGCACCAUGACGAUGUGAAAAAAUGUGAUAUUUGUACUCUUUGAUCUCUUCUUUUCGUUCUGAAGAAUCAAGAUCGGCAAAUUGGCAAACGGCAUCCACUCAAACAAUUCUAAACGCAGAUGAAACCAAAAACGAAGUAAAAAAUCACAACAAACUACCACUACGAGCUACCAACGUCCUACUACGUAGAUCAAACCAAAAACAAAGUAAAAAAUCACACCAAACUACCACUACGAGCUACCAACGUCCUACUACUGUACUUCCUAGGCGGGUUGAAGUCUCUACUUCGUGCCCGCGCCCCUACCAUUGCAAAAACAUCCAAUCUCACUGGCAAUCCCAAAGAAAUGGACUCCCACGCUUCCUUGCACCACGUAGAGACGACCCCACGCUCCGGUGGCUUCAGCUUCCCCGACCGGGCGUCUGCGACCGCCGACGCGCUGUAGGCGGUGUACUUGCCCCGCAACAGCCACUUUGUGGCACUUGAAGUCGUCCAGCACCAGGAUGCACGGGCGCUGCUGGACGAUGCUGCCGUUGUUGGGACGGAGCUUCCAGCUGCCCGAGAUCCACCCGUUACACUCCCGCUGGUCACUCCAGCUCUUCUCCUGCACGCCGAAGGACAUGCCGACAUGCCGUUGGCAGGGUGGCCGUGCUUCGCGCGGUUCGCAGGAUGGAUCUCCCACGCGACGGAGUUCUUCCGCGGCAGGGUGCUCUUGCCCUUGCCGCUCACGGUCGGCGGGGUGAACGGUGUGCCCUUGAAGAUGAUGCGCGGCGAAACCUUUUUGCCGUCCGCCAUGACAGCCACAACGAGCGUGAAGCGUUCCUUCUCCUU